GCGACGAGCGGGGAUCCGCGAGCGAGCUACUGCUGCUGCUGCUGCCUUGAGAGACCAAGCGCGCUGCUCGGCUCGAGCUUUGCCAUCGACAACUACUCGCUCAGUGCGAUACCACCGCCUUCCGAGCACGCAUCGGACCAACCGACAGGAGUGAGCGCCGCCGCCCCGCACACCUCUCUGCUCGCAUACGACGUGUGUCGCGCUUUUGUGUGUACACAUUUUAUGCAAAAACUUGCACUGCGCUCUCGCAGUCGGCGCGCACCAGUCGGACGCGGACGAUAUUUUCGAAUAUCAUUGUUACGACAUAUUGCGAUCGAAUCGUUAUAUAGUUUUUUGCCUGCGAUAAAAUAUAUUUCGUUCGCGGUGAAACACGACUUUUGCCCAGCUGAUUUUCCAUUGAUUUUCAUAUAUCUGCAAAAUACGGAUACUCGAAAGUGUGUGAAGUGUGAAGGUGCUCGUGCAAAAGAAACCCUGUGUUUAUAUCAUGUAUUUUGUGCUAGAUGGAUGAAUCGAAGUGAUCGGGAUACAAGAGCGAACUGUUCUUUGAUUGGGUGAAUUUUCGAAUUCGCAGAGAGAACAGCACUGCAGGCGUGCAAAAAAGGAAUUGCGAAAAAAUAAAAAGCAAAACAAAAAACCAAGUCUCGAAGCAGCUCGGGCAUUAGCUCGUGCGAAUGGGGGAGACUCGAUAGGAUAGGGCCUGCUGAUGCCCCCUCUUUCUGCACGCUCAACUCUCUCGUGUGGCCUCUCUCGCCUUUCAGCAAUUGCCUAUAUUCUCUCCUCGAAUUUUUUCACGAGGUCGAAUAAGCGAGACGAGGUUUUAUAAGCCCUACGAAGCACGUGGGCUCCACUAAGCUUCAUUCGGAGGCAAUUAUCGGCUUGUUAUAAAAAAAAAAAAAUAAAUAAAUAAAAUAAACUGUCAUUGAAACAGAAACUUUUUGUUCGUACACGAGUGCGCGAGGAGAUGCUCUUAGCCGCAUUAACAGCGCGACGAAUCUAAAUCCGCCAAGAUGACAUUACUGCUGAUAUAGCAGCCGAAGUUCAGCCUCUAGUCCGUGUAGUGACUGCAUUUGUGUGUACCGUGCGCAACGUUGAAGCUUUUCAACGGAUUGCAAGUGACUCGCCACAAUUGAAGACUACCUAAGAACCACGAGAACCAUGAGUUCUUAUCAGUUCGUCAACUCGCUGGCCUCGUGCUACGCCUCGGCUCAAGCCCAGGCGCAAGCACAGCAGCAACAGCAGCAGCAGCAGCAGGGAGUUCCGCGAGCCACGGCCAACUCGCCGGGUGAGCCCUUGCAAGCUGCCUCGCCGACGAGCGCGGACUACUACAACCCGAACCCGGCCGCGGCGGGCUACCCGACCCCGUGCUACUCGCCGCAGCAGCACUACCCCCAGCACCCGUACGCGACCCCGGCCUCGGCGGGCAUGCAGCACACGGCCCCGACCGGUAUGAUCGAUUACACACAGCUCCAGCCGCAGCCGAGGCUCACUGCGACCGCGACGUCCCAGCAGCAGCACGCGGCGGCCAUGCAGCACCAGCAGAGCCAGCAACACCAUCAACACCUCCAACAGCAGCAGCAGCAGCAGCAGCUUCACGCAGACCCGACGAGUCCUCUGUUGCAGGCCGCUGCUGUGGCGGCCGCCGCUGCCUCGGGCUGCAAGUACAGCGUCGACACGCCCUCGUCGACGAACGUCUCGUCGCCGCAGGACCUGUCGACGUCGAACGCGAGGAACAGCCCGGCACCGGGCCUGGGAGCACCCGGAACGAGCAAGGCCGGCGCCAGCGGACAGAUGAGCGCGGCCGUGGGCGGAUCGUCGAGGUCCUCGGUCGCUGCCUCGGCCUCGUCGCCACCGAGUGGCAGCGGUCGAAGCGCCGAGGCUGGUAGCACACUCACAACGGCUUCGUCGGCCUCGUCACCGGCCUCCUCGACCAGCAGUACCAGCAGUACGGGCAACAACUCGUCGAAUCAAGGAAAGGGCUCCGGGACUCAGACACAAAUUUAUCCCUGGAUGAAGAGGGUUCACAUUGGACAAAGUACCGUAAAUGCAAACGGUGAGACGAAACGCCAACGGACGUCCUACACGAGGUACCAGACCCUCGAGCUGGAGAAGGAGUUCCACUUUAACCGCUACCUCACGAGGCGACGCCGCAUCGAGAUCGCCCACGCUCUGUGCCUGACCGAGCGCCAGAUCAAGAUCUGGUUCCAGAAUCGCCGCAUGAAAUGGAAGAAGGAGCACAAAAUGGCGAGCAUGAACAUCGUGCCGUACCACAUGUCGCCGUACGCGCAUCCUUAUCAGUUUGCGCCGCACCCGGGCCAGUUCGCUCAUCUGGCCACAUAGGACGAGUUCUCGUCCGCUGAGCUCGGAACUCACGCCGUCCGGUUUCCCGGCAUGUAUGGCGAGCAGAACUUUUAAGCCGCGGCCCGAUAAUAAUAAUUGGCUGCCGCGCGCGCGUACGCUAAAAAAAUUGCGCUACCACCACGACAGCCACGACCGUUCGUGGCUACGGGCAUCGAAACUGGCUUUCUCUCUUUCUCGCUCGCUGCGAUCGUUAUAUUUUUCGUAUGCAAGCUGUGUAAGAGCAAUGUUAUUGAUUUCACGCAGAGAAGUACUCAAUAAAUUAGAGGAGGAGCCUGCACGUGCGUGUGUGUGUGUGUGUGAAGUCUGUGCGUUUUCGAGCCGCAACUUCGAGAGAUGCUCGCGUGCAGUGCGCGCGAUCGAUUAUAAUUAUUGUAGGCCGAUCGCACGCGAGAAACACCGCACCUCCUCGCACUGACACAGCACACACACGCGCGCGCGCGCCAUAUAAAUAUGUACUUUCACCCUUCUCUUUUUCUUCCUUCGAAAAUUGUUCUACUGCGAUUCAGUGUAAAUAAGUGCGCCGUUUUAUGUUCAACCAAUUGAAGCUAUAUUUUUCAUCAAUGACGAAUGGCAAAGAUAUAGGCGCAGCCGACGAAAUUAACGAGGAUGAAUAAUUUUCCAUGUGUAUUACGACAUUCGAAGAAUACACCAAACCUUCUGAAAGCCGAAUUAUAAGCUAAUAAAAGAGAUGCUCCGAUCGAGAAAGGGGAAGUCCAUUGUCUCGACCAAGUUUCUGCCUAAAGUUCUUGCUAUCAUGCCUGACACACGCAAGUGAAGUUAUGAAUUUCGAAAAUAAAAAAAAAUCGUCAAAAUAACAUAACACGAGCAACAGACUGGACGCGCUCCGAGAGACUCCCGAAUAAAAGUUUUUUUCAUCGUGAAACCUUUUCUUCCUCGCACUCGUAAAUUAUAAUUCAUACACAUAGAUACGCAAACUCAAUGCCAGUGGAGCAACGAUCAGCAUCGACCUGUGUAACGAGGGUCAAAAUUCUAUCGCUGAGAUUCUACGAAGGCAGCCAUGAGGCAGAAAAGGGACUCAUUAAAAAAAAUAAAAGGAGUUGACCUCAGCGGGCGAGGAUAACCCAAAACUCUAGUGAUUAAGUAAUGUAUUAGCCACGUUUUAAAUAACUGAAAAUGAGAGAACAAUACUUUGGAAUUUACCCAUUCUCAUGGGUCACUUGUGAAUAACUUAUACAGGACGCGCACAAUCUCAAUUGACAUGUAUUAAGAUAUCGAUGCUAUUUUUAGUAAAUUUGUGCAUGGUUGUAGGAACAAACGUCACUUUUCGCAAAUAUGAAAUGUUAUGAAAAGAUGUAUAAAAUUUCUUUCAAUUUUAUGGAUAAAAUUGUGUUAUAAAAUUUACGAUUGCGUUUAAUGCGUUUUAAUUACUUGAAUUUUUGUGCGGCUCCGUUUAACUCUCAAUUAUUAUAUUUUCCUCGAUAUGGGAAUUCAUAUCGAAGAGUCCGUGACUAGGAUUUAUAAAUAUAAUAUAGAUUUAAUAUAUAUAUAGUAAAAUAACGGAAAAAUUUUAUAAAUAUAUUAUAUCAAUGUAUAGAUAAAUGAUGAAAAAGCGAAAUAAGACCGAUGAUAAAUGCAAUAUCUCAAUUAUCGACAUAAGAAAAGGAUAAUAAGUUUAAGAAAAAGUAGUUUGUAUUGAUAAAAUACAAUAAAUAUCUGCUCGGUAAUCACUUAUAUUCAUUUCUGUAUAACUAUAUUAGAAUAUAAGGUGCCUGCUAAUGCUCAAAGUGUUUUUAGUGAUUAAUAUUUUUGUGGUAUGAUGAGUAUGAGAGAAUAUUUCACAUUUAAUAAUAUCUCUGAAUGUAUAUUUUUUGUUAUAAAUGGAAUGAUGACAUUGUGAUUUGAUAUUUGUCUGCGAUAAUCAAUAAAUAAUCAAAAAUUACAAAUAAUACCACUAAGAUUUGAGUUUUUUGAUUUACGCGAAGUUUCUUUACGUUUAGACUUGAAUGAAACGCACUCUUUUGCUGAUGCAAUGAAUGUACCAAAAAAAUUAUUCAUCUUAUUUCUGAUUAUCAAGAAAAAUAUUAUCAACAUUUAAAUUGUCGAUAAUUGUAAAGUUCACUAUUUAUUUCAAAAUUAGUGC